UUUUCAAGUGCGCCCGUAUGUUGAGAAUAUAUCAUUUGCCUCUUGAUUUGCAACAAAUUAAUAAACUUACUUUAGCACCUUAGAAAACUAGAUAGUACAUCGAAAGUAACAUCUUCUCAGUGCUCCAUAGCUCCCAACGAUCGAAACCGAACCCCGGGAAAAUUAUUAGUUUUUUUUACCCUUUAGCUUCCUAGGAACCGCGAGAAAAAUGUUAAAUACCAAAAUUAACGCUCAUAUUAAAUAAUAAUUUUGUUCAAGUCGUAAGUUAACGGUUUUUUAAGAGAAAAUAUUGAAUUUCCCGUCGAAACCUCCAGUCGGACAAAACUCUAAAAACGGAUUACAUCGUUUCGUCGAAGUGUUCUGGCAAUACAAGUCAGGAUAGUGAGAGAGAAAAUGAUUUUCGCAAAAUGCUAUCUUUUAAUUUUAGGUCUAGUUUGCGGCUCACAUGCAUAUAAAAUUUUGGUGUAUUACCCCACACCUUCUUAUAGCCAUCAGCGUGCGAUUCUGGCUCUAACCGAGCGGCUGGUCAAAGAUGGCCAUGAGCUUUUCGUAAUCAGUCCGAAUGCUGUACCGGGACUUUCACAUCAUGAAAAUUACACCUUCGUGGAUUUAUCAUAUUCGUAUAAGUAUUUCUCGGAGGGAGAUACAGACGACACUGUCAAUUUACAGAGACCGUGGUCUAAGUGGGAGCUGCCGAAAGUUUUCGAACCCAGCUAUGAACUCACCAAAAAUCAGCUUCGAACCGACAACUUUUUGAGAUUCAAACAGUUUGUGAAGUCAAAGCGCAUCAAAUUUGACUUGGUUAUCGGGGAGUCCUUUUAUACCCCCUACACAUGCGGGCUAACACGAAUCCUCACCGGUGCCGCACCGAUCAUCACAAUGAUAACACUGACCGCGGAUUAUUCCUCGGAGGAUAAUUUGGGGAGCAUAACCCACCUGUCCUACGUGCCGUCCCAUUUCGACCACUACGGAUACACGUCCAGAAUGACCUUAUGGCAGAAAAUAGAAAACUGGUUUUCUGAUUACUACCUCGUUUCCGGAUUCAAGGAGAGGAUGGAAUCAGCGGCCAGGAGCUACUUUAGCGAGACCGAAGGUUCUGAAAGUGAAAAACUGCUGGAUGGGUGCUGGAAAAACAUAAGUCUCGCUCUAGUUACCUCUAACCCUUUGUACUUUUACCCGAGGGCUCUGGGUCCAAAUGUCAUCGAGGUUGGGCCACUGCACAUUAAAACCCCUCAAAAACUUCCAAAGAAUUUACAAACUUGGCUGGAUGGAGCAGAGAAAGGAGCAAUCUAUUUCAGUCUUGGAAGCAACAUGAAGAGUAAAUCUUUAGCCGGAGAUGUACGAGCAAAUUUUUUGAAAUUUUUCAAAGAACUGCCGCCAGGAUAUCGUGUGCUUUGGAAGUGGGAACUAGAUGGAGAAAUUCCAGGCCAAUCGGAGAAUAUUCUUGCCCAAAAGUGGUUUCCACAAGACAGUGUGUUAGCUCAUCCGAAUGUUAAAGUCUUCAUUAUGCAAGGUGGAGUUCAAAGUUUCCAAGAAGCAGUUCACUUUGGUGUUCCAAUAAUCGGAAUCCCUUGGUAUGGUGAUCAGUACAUCAACACCGCAAAAAUGGUGGACGCCGAAAUCGGUGUCCGGUUGCUGCCGAAAGAACUUCACUCAUACGAUAAAAUCAAAUCAGCCCUUGAGGCUGUGCUGUAUGAUGAAAAGUAUUUAAGAAAUAUGAAGAGGCAUUCAAGGAUAUCCCACGAUUUUACAUCUCGAGGCAUGGACCAAGCCGUCUUCUGGGUGAAUCACGUGGCGAAACAUGGUGGAGCAUCUCAUUUGCGGCCGGCAACUGCUGAUACCACUCUGUUCCAGUAUUUCUGCUUGGAUAUUUUAUCUGUGAUAAUAGUUUUAAGUUUCUCAGUUCUACUUUCUUUGUAUUAUUUGUGUAAAGCAGCAUUUUCAUUCGCCCUCCGUAAACUGGAAUCGAAACUGAAAUCUUCAGAGAGGAGAGCAGGUUCAUUUUCGCACAAAAAUAAAUAAAGUAAAUUCUGAAGUAAACGUA